AAGAUGAGAGUUUUGGAAGAGCACCAUUGGAGUCUUUCUCAGGUUUCCUUUUAUCUUUCUUAGUGACAGGAAGAAGAGAAGCAUGGCUGGAGGUGGAGGAGCGGCGCCGGCUCCAAAGCAGGAUGAGUUGCAGCCUCAUCCUGUGAAGGAUCAGCUUUCCGAUGUGUCUUAUUGCAUUACCAGUCCUCCUCCUUGGCCCGAGGCUAUCCUUCUUGGAUUCCAACACUAUCUGGUAAUGCUCGGGACAACCGUUAUAAUUCCCACUGCUCUGGUUCCACAGAUGGGUGGAGGAAAUGUAAGACUGAACAAUUCACUACUGGGAAUAGAGGAUGAGAAAGCUAGGGUAGUCCAGACGAUAUUGUUUGUGAGUGGAUUGAACACUCUGUUACAAACCUUCUUCGGUACACGCUUGCCUGCUGUGAUUGGAGCAUCAUACACCUUUGUCAUGCCAACCAUUUCCAUCAUCUUAGCUGGUCGCUAUAGUGACAUUGUGGAUCCUCAUGAGAAAUUCCUCCACAUCAUGCGGGGCACACAAGGUGCACUUAUUGUUGCUUCAGCAUUGCAAAUUGUAGUCGGUUUCAGUGGCCUUUGGCGUAAUGUCGUCAGAUUCUUGAGCCCACUGGCCGCAGUACCUCUGGUUGCUUUAGCUGGAUUUGGUCUGUAUGAGCUUGGUUUUCCUGGGGUUGCAAAAUGUAUUGAGAUUGGGCUGCCUCAGCUGGUUUUGUUGAUAAUACUUUCACAGUAUAUACCCCACGCAAUGCAUUCGGAGAAGGCUGUCGUCGAUCGCUUUGCGGUCCUAUUUUCAGUCACAAUUGUAUGGGUUUAUGCUUUCUUACUCACAGUAGGUGGUGCAUAUAAGCAUGCUGCACCAAAAACUCAGUUACACUGCCGUACUGAUCGAUCUGGACUAGUUGGCGCAGCUCCCUGGAUCAGAGUUCCGUAUCCUUUUCAAUGGGGAGCACCAACAUUUGAUGCUGGUGAAGCAUUUGCAAUGAUGGCGGCUUCAUUUGUUGCUCUUGUAGAGUCCACUGGUUCUUUUAUUGCGGUUUCAAGAUAUGCAAGUGCAACACCAGUGCCCCCAUCUGUCCUCAGCCGCGGUAUUGGUUGGCAGGGACUUGGAAUCUUGUUGGAUGGGCUAUUUGGAACAGCCACUGGUUCUUCAGUGUCUGUUGAAAAUGCUGGUUUGCUAGGCCUGACACAUGUUGGAAGCCGAAGAGUGGUGCAAAUAUCUGCAGGAUUUAUGAUUUUCUUUUCAAUUCUUGGAAAAUUUGGAGCUGUUUUUGCCUCCAUUCCUGCGCCAAUAGUUGCAGCCCUGUACUGCCUAUUGUUUGCCUAUGUCGGAUCAGUUGGUCUAAGUUUCCUUCAGUUCUGCAAUCUCAACAGUUUCCGAACAAAGUUCAUCCUUGGCUUUUCUGUCUUCAUGGGUUUAUCAGUUCCACAAUACUUCAACGAGUACACUUCUGUUGCCGGUUAUGGUCCAGUGCACACCGGUGCCAGAUGGUUCAAUGAUAUCAUCAAUGUAAUAUUCUCUUCAAAGCCAUUCGUGGCCGGCUUUGUGGCAUUUUUCUUGGACAACACUUUGCAUAAACAUGACAAUGCAACAAGGAAAGACAGAGGUCAUCACUGGUGGGAUAGAUUCCGAUCUUUCAAAGGUGACAACCGAAAUGAGGAAUUUUACUCCUUGCCUUUUAAUCUCAAUAAGUUCUUCCCUUCUGUGUGAAUAUGCAUCAACAAUUACUACAUGAUAUUUGGGGCAUCUUAUUAUCUUGCUCCAGUUUUGAGCAAAUUUCACAACAUUCACUGCUUCUUCAUCACUUUACUGUGACUCUAUUCAGAUUAGUAUUGUUGUUACUGUAGUCAUAUCUUUAGUUUGUACAUUGAUUGUUAAAAGUGAUGAUCAAAUCUGGAUGGAUUAUUUUUUGGUAUUUUUUUGUACAUAUGUGCUUGUAAGCAACUGCUGGAUUUGUGAUUGAAUGUUGGAAGUUAAAGGUCUUACA